CCAGGUGCCAGACUCCGAAAGCCAGUAAUGUUGCUUUUAUGCUUUUCUUCCUUCAGCUUCAUCUAAGCAAGCCCCAAAAUGAACGCGCUUCACUCGAUCAUUUUUGGAUGUGUCUUCACUGCGUCUGUUCUCAUGAGUCACUGCAAGUCGCAAGCCACUUCGACCCAGAGCACUGAGGCUCUGCCUGACAAUUUCAUAGGGUUUGACUCAGUGCCUGACAAAGUGGUGGAUGGCUCAGUGGUCCGUGUGCGGUAUCAAUGCUCCAGGCCAUGUCGGCUGGGAGUGGAGGUGGUGGUGUCUGCAUUAAGGAAGACAGAUUUAGUGGUCUUCAGAAGGAAAUGGAUCAGCAGUGUGCCCCAAGUCAACAGGAUCCACCAGGUGCCGCUCAGAUUGCCUCCGUCCAUUUCAUAUCAACCUGAUUUUUUCAACAGGAACAUUUUGGACAUGCAGAGUAUGACAGUUCGUGCCUUUCUGGAUUAUUUUAAGAAUGGCACUGAACUCAGCACAUACCGGCGCUCAGUGCUGAGGGUUUAUAAAGUGUUGCAGAUAAUGCCGCUCUCUGAGCGGCCAAGUAAACCUCCCACUGAGUGUCUGUCAUGGUGGGCUCAGCUAAUGUGGCAGCUGACCGACGACAGGAUUCAUCAGUGUCCACACGAGUCAGACAUAAUCGAUCUGUUAAAGUUCCCUUUGGCAAGUACUGGUGAGCACUUUGGAGUGGUCCGCAGGCUCCAGCCUUUCAUUGACGGAGCCCUCGAGAGAGCCCGCCUGCAUGCUGUUACACAACCCAGCGUCGCCUUGUCUGUGUGGGUCUACCUGCUGAAGCGGUGUCACAGGAAGCUGUGCGGGAUCGUCCACCGCAUCGACAGAAAAAAGUCAUACGACUCCAUCCUGCUGCAGCUUACAGACACAGGGAAUAUUGUAGUUCAGGCACGUAUGACAACAGGAAAAGAUGGAGCUUUCCUAAUCAAUGUUGCUUUGCCCCUGUGGAAAUGGAUCAGAUUGGACUGUUUCAUACAGCACUCAAAGGUGCUGUUGGAUACAACAUGGGAUGAUGAAACCAGACGACAUGAAUGCCAUUUCCAGGACAGCAUCCAUUACGACGACACUGAUGGAUACUUUGUGAUUGGAGGAGGUAAAUACAUACCAGGCAUCCACGGGUAUUUUGGACCCAUCAAAUACUACCGCUUUGGAACUGCACAGACAGAUAAUCCACUGCAUCCCAAGUCAACAUUACAGGAACUGGAAAAGACUCAUCAGGAGUGUCAGGAAAUAAAAGCUUUCACAAAAGCUUUCUGUAAAGAAGUCGCUGAGAAUCGCUCACUGUCACCAAACAACAAAGGUGUUUGUACCUCUGACUUCUACCCACUGUGGGGUCAACUCAAAGACAGGAAGAAAACCUGCUCACAAACAUGGACCUGGAAGCUGCAGCAACAGUUCAGCACUCUUUAUCAUUUGCUACAAACAAAAGAGGAGAUAAUUCAAACAGGAUCGUUGGGUGUAAAGCAACUCGGGAGAUUGUUGUUCGAACUGGCAGUGGCUGAACUGUUUUCUGUGGAAAGGACACAAAUGAGCAUUACUUCCCAAUCAAUGGCUUCAUUACAAGUAUCCUCCUGCUUUGGGAAUCACAGAGCCUCGCUGCUGUUGGCCUCCAUCCACCUCGCGGGUUUGGGACGUCCAGCCAAUCAGCAGCAGGCUCAUGUCUACAGUUUAAUCGGUGCUGCACAUGAUGACCGUUUCGCCUUGAUGCAUGUUGGGUACAAACACUCACAAGGCAUCGAUGGGUUUCCUGAAGACCUGGACAUGGCGUAUAGCUACUAUUCCAAUGUCGGUUCACAGAGCGGCGUCGAUGCUUCAAGGAUACAUGAAAGCAAGCAAUACCUCCCUGAACAUAUCUACUUAGAGAAUAAAGAGGAUUUGGAGAGGAUGACACAGGACGAGGCGAGCGAUGUCUUUCAGUACCUGAAAUACGAAGCAGAGAGGGGCAACAUGGAGGCUCAGAAACGCAUUGGGACAAUGCUUCAGUGGGGACAAAAUGGAAUCCCAAAGGACUUAGAGAGAGCAAUGAAGUGGCUGGAGAGGAGCGCUAUGCAAAUGAGGGAUCCCACGGCGAUGUACGACUACUCCGUCCUCAUGAUACAGGGCAAGGGAGUGAAAAGAAACCGCACCAGAGGUUUUCGGCUGCUGGAAAAAGCUGCAAAGAUGGGCUCAAUUAACGCCUUGAAUGGUUUGGGCUGGUACCACGGGACGAUUCUUAAUGACCACAAAAAUGCAACGAAAUACUUUGAGAAAGCCGCUUCGAGUGGAAACGUCGACGCAAUGUUCAACCUGGGACUUUACCACCUGACCGGGAAAAUCCCUGGAAAGCCGUGGGCGAACGAGAGUGCAGCCUUCCGGCUCUUCCUGAACGCGUCGCGGUUCGGCCACGUCGCGGCGUCGGUGGAGGCUGCGUGGUACCUUUCGACAGGAAGCCUGGAAGGGGUGUCUCGGGAUGUGCAGAGGGCUGUGAUAAUCCUAAAAAAGGUCUGUGAGCAGAAUGGACACCUUGGAUUUAUGAUCAGAGGGGCUCUCCAGGCCUACCUCCAGGGCUCAUGGCAGGAGGCAUUCGUGAAAUACGUUUUGGCAGCUGAAACUGGUUUGGGUUUGGCCCAGAGCAACACUGCGCACCUUUGUGAGGAACUGAAUCUCAGUUAUGAUUGUCAGUGGAGAUAUCAUAACUACUCUAUAUUGAACUAUGAUCCUCAUCCAUCCGGUGAGUUCAUCUCAUUUCAUUUUGCUUUAACCCCCAUCCUCUCCCUCUCUCUCUCUCUCUCUCUCUCUGUCUCUCUCUCCUUGUCAAUCUGGCCCCUGAACAGCAAGUAUUUAUCUUCUUUUAUAGCUUUGCUGAAAAUGGGAGACCACUACUACUACUAUUCCUCCAGCGCACAAGAGGACUCAUUAUCCUUGGCUGAGCGGGCCAUAUCAAUGUAUAGCAGAGCCGCUCUAGCAGGCAGCCCUCAGGGAAUGUACAACUUGGUUGCUUUGGCACAUCAAGGACACAUUCUUCCGCCGAGCGUCCUCCGCUCGUUUAAUGUGUCGCAGAGGGACGAGCAGGAGGCUGUGAUGGAGAAGAUCCUGAAAAGAUGUGCAGAGAUUGAGGAGGGCGAGGGAGCCAGUCCCUGCUCUUUAGCUCUGCUCGGACUCCAGACGAGAAAAGCCUUGAGGAGCGUGACCCAGAACAGAGCGCAGCUCGCCUUGGCAUAUGCAUCUCUUCUCUCCGUCUUUGUCAUUAUUGUCGUCGUGCCUGUGCAGAGCUGUCUGGAGCACAGAGGCGGUGUGAUUGCACACGGGGCACAGACUCUCGGCCACGGCGGCGUCGACUUGAAUAGGGAGCAAGAUGGCAUCUCGGGAAGACCCUUCAGAGCGGCGGGGAAUCUGCGGCUCACCGCUCUGAAUGGCCGGCGGUGGCUCCGGCAGACCUGCGAUUUGGCGGUGACUCUGUCCGGCCUGUGCUUCUUUGCUUUCUGGACCACAGUCCUCUAUCAUUUCUUAUGACAUCAAGCUCCUGGCUCAGUGACCCAAUAGCCACAGAAAAAGCUCCAGACACUACACAGUGUGAGAGCGUGCAUUUAUAGGAUGAGCUGCACAACUCCUGCUGUGACACAUUUGUGUUUUGAAAGCAUGUGAGUCAGUUGAAGCCGGGAAAGAGAGAGGUGCUGGUCAGGAUGUGUGUGUGUGUGUGUGUGUGUGUGUAUACACCUUUAUCUGAGCGUUGCUAAUGUUUCUUCGCUACACACUCUUCUAUUGUUCUGUCUGCAGCCGAUAAAGUACUUAUCAUGGAGUUUAUUUAAUUAAAGCUGACUUCAGCUGCCGGCCGGCUUUGUCCUGGGGAUGCAGAGCCGCAGGAGGGGAGUGAAACUUCUAUUCGUGAUAGUCCAGUAAAAAUAGAUCAGGGACGGUGGUGCAUUUAUGAAAUAAAAGAGUCAGCCAGAGAUGGAUCCUCUGAGAGAUGUUGAACCAGCUCAGGCCUAAUGAGUCAACUAUUAAAGGCUUGUCCCUGAUCCUAUCAGCGACAUGUCGGUGAUAACCAUCGCUCUGAAGACGGGACAUGCAGCAGCGGCAUGUGGAGCUCUCGAACACGAACGCAGGAAUUCCACAUGGUAUUGAUUCUGUCUUUUUUUUUUUUUUUUUGCUGGGCAGGAAGUAGUGAUAACACAAUAUCAGCUGAACCCAUCGCCGAGGAACGUUUGGCUGGGAAAAAAAAGGGACUCGCCACAGAAAUGUGUGGCGCUUCAGGACGCCUUUGGAGUCCUCGCCGGGUUAUAAGCUAAAAGCCGAUGCUCCUCCGCGCUGCUGUUGUUGUGCGUUCGUGGAGAUAACACAACGGGCAAUAUCCCGCCAAAGGUUUUCUUUCUGCGGCAAACUGGAGGAGCAGGCACUGUUGCUCAGAUCUUAACAGUUAUUUACAGCUCUGAGUGACUGUUGUGAUGAUGUGCAGUUUAUAGCUGCUGCUUGGCAGAGCUGUCAUUAGUUAAAUAAGGAGUUUCACAGUGUAAACAGCUCCGUGUGGAGCUGCUGCAGUGCAGACUGACGUCUGUGUGUAAUUCAGGGAAGAACUAAUGAUCUCCCUUUUCCUUCCUCUGUUUCUGUCCCCAACGCCAUCGCUCUGCACAUUUAAAGAGACCAAUUUCUAAAAAAAACAACAAAAAAAAAAGCCCCAUUUAUUUCAAGUAGCGCAGCCAUCUCUCUUGUGUUUAGUUUAAUUUUUUUUCUGGAAGUGUUUUGUGCUGCUCACCAUGGCCAUCAUGGGUGAUGUUAAAUGAAAAACCACUCAAUGAAAGUAAAGAGAAAAGAGUCUAUGUUGUUCCACAAAAUGAGCUUUAAUUAAUUUCAAGCACUGAAAGACCCCGCCAGACAUUUUUUUCAAAAACUCAACUGUGUAAUUUAAUUUUCCCCAAAAAGUUAUAAUGUAGAAAUCAUUAAAAAAUGAAAUAUUUUCUUCAAGGACAAUUUCUGAUACAUUAGGAAAUAUUUAUUUUUUGGCUUCUGGUUAAUACGGUUUCCUAAAAUGGCUUUAAUGCGAAUGGGGAGGCUAAACGUCCAGGUCUUGUGCUUUGGAGAUGUGUUCCGGAUUUGAUCUUCUCUCCUUUAAACGCAAAGAGGCCAAAAAAAAAAAAAAAACCAGUGAAGACGACUUCAAAGUUUGUUAAAUACCA